AUGGAAAAUUCUCCUUGCAAUUUGCUGUCUGUGAAAAUCAUACAAAUAAAAAAUCUACAAAAAGCAGAUUUAUUCAGCCAAUCUGAUUGCUAUGUGAGCUUGUUUCUGCCAACGGCUUCAUCUGAAAGGGCCCAAACCAAGGUGAUUAAGGACUGCAAAGUUCCAAAGUGGAAUGAAACAUUUUGCUUCAGGAUACAGAAUCGGGUCAAAAAUGUCUUAGAGCUGAUGGUUCACAAUGGGAACAGCUGCCUCAUGGACAACCAGCUGCUCACUGUCCUUUUUGAUGUUUCUAAAAUCCAACUUGGAGAAACUGUUUGCCUCACCUUUCCAUUGGAUCCAAAAGUUCAAGAAGAGCUGGAAGUGGAAUUUAGUCUGGAGAGCAUUCCUGUUCCUGAUGAGCAUAUUGCUACUAAUGGUGUUUUAGUGUCCCGUGAAGUUUCCUGUUUGGAGGUUCAAGUUAAUGGAGGAAAAAUGAAGGAAUCAAAAGAGGAAAUCUUCAAAUUUACUGUGGAAGGAUCCUUUGAAGAAAGCCAGGACCUUUUGUUGGGCUCUGACCUGCAUCUUGUGGAUCCUCUUGUGUUUCACUACAUCAAAUAUAACAAGUCUGCAUUAGAAAUUGAGCAUCCAAGAAAGUCACACGUUACAGGCUGUUCUUUUUCUAGAGAAAAUGCAGAUGAAAAGGUCUGUCUCACUUUGCCUCUGGAUUCACAUCAUAUGGAAAAGAAAGUAACUAUAGCUAAGUUUCCACCCAAUGGUUCUAGUCUUGCCCUCUGCAGUGACAGGGAAGAAGUCUCUUCCAUCACAGAGAGCUGGGUAAGAGCUCUGUAUUGGACUGAGCAGAUAUUAAAAUGCAGUACACUGACAUUUCAUUGUUGUGGGCAUGGGCUACAAUCAAGGCCAAAAGACCUAGAUGUACGUUUGGGAUAUGAACUAUGUUUGGAUGAGCAAAUACUAAUGAAGAAACGAAAGAAGAUCACUGCUAGUGCUUUAAAAAGGGUUCUCGCCUUCAAGGAUGACUUGCAGGACCAUGAGGUGCCCGUGGUGGCUGUCAUGGCAACAGGAGGCGGGGCGAGGGCAUUCACAGCUUUACAUGGCCACCUCUUCGGCCUCCAAAAUUUAGGCAUCUUAGACUGCAUUACAUAUAUUAGUGGAUCUUCCGGCUCCACCUGGGCCCUAUCAAAUCUGUACAGUCAUGAUGACUGGUCUCAGCAGGACCUUUCAGGAGCGAUUGCAGAGGCUUGCAGGAAUAUGACCAGAUGCAAAUGGGACUUCCUUUCCGUAGAAAACUUAAAAGAAUACAGCAGGGCCCUGGAGCAGCGCCGAAAGGAAGGCUACAAAACAUGCAUUACUGACCUCUGGGGACUCUUCAUCGAUAAGGCAUUAGGCAACGGGAAAGGCAGUGGUACUCUCUCAGAUCAGAAGCGUGCCCUAAGUCAUGGCCAGAACCCUCUUCCUAUAUAUAUGGUUCUCAACACCAGGGACAAAUAUAGCCUUCCAGAGUUUAAAGAAUGGAUGGAAUUUACGCCCUUUGAGGUAGGAUUAUUGAAAUAUGGUGCGUAUGUUGGUUCUGAGCAUUUUGGAAGCAAAUUCUUCAUGGGUCGGCUGAUGAAGAAAGUUCCAGAAUCUCAAAUCUGCUUCAUGAAAGGCAUGUGGAGUAAUGUUUUUUCCUAUAACCUCCUGGAUUUCUGGCGUGCACUUGACACUUCAGAAGAAAGCUUCUGGCAAAGAUACACUCAGGACAGGAUAAAAGAUAUAGAAAGGCCCCCUCAGCUGCCAGGGUCACAUGAGCUGAAUACUCAUCUAGUCAUCCCAGCCUGUAAGCCUGCCAAGGCCCUUCGUGAAGUCAUCACACAGCGCUUAACAACGUCAGAAUUCAACAACUUCUUAAACGGAUUGCAGUUAAACAAUGGAUAUUUAGAUAAUAAGAAUUUUUAUAUGUGGAAGGAUACUAUGUUAGAUACUCUUCCAAACCAGUUGACAACAGCUUCAGAAUACCUGUCCCUUGCUGAUACUGCAUUGUAUAUAGACAGUAGCUACCCACCGCUCAUGAGGCCAGAGAGAAGAGUUAAUGUCAUUCUGCAUCUAAAUUAUUCUUCAGGAUCACAGACAGCAACUUUAGAUGAAGCCUCUAGAUACUUCUCCAAGCAAGGCAUUCCUUUCCCUAGAGUAGAUAUGGGUGAUGUUAAAGACAAGGAUUUAAAGGAGUGCUACGUUUUUGAAGAUCCCAGUAAUUUGGAGGCACCCAUUGUGGUCUUUUUCCCUCUAAUAAAUGACACCUUCAGAAAAUACAAAGCACCAGGUGUGGAACGCAGCCCCACUGAACUGAAACAGGGUGAAGUUGAUGUGACGAGUCCCUUUUCUCCGUAUGGAUUGGAAUGCUUUCAGUACAAGGAGGAAGAUUUUGAUAAACUGGUGGAACUCACAAGCUACAAUAUCCAGAAUAAUAAAUGCUUGAUCCUCCAGGCUUUGCAGCAUGCAGUAGAAAGAAAAAGAUGCCAGAAGAAACAUUAG